GGCUCACAGUCUUCUGAAACGCAUCGGUGGAUCAGGGAAAAGGAGUGAGUGGCUCUGCAAGGGUUGUUGGGAUUUUCGAGUUUGUUCGCUGGUUAAAGGGAGGAGGAUCAAAGAGCCAAUCAUGAACUUCGAGGAAGUCGGUUCUCAGCUUCGUCAAGUUCUGGAAAAGGAAGAGAUAUUUGCCCUUGCUGCUAGAAUAAGGGACAACUACCCCUAUUGCAUAGAAAUGUACAACACUUUGCUACUGACCGCCAGGGGACUGAACGCUUGCUUCCAGUACGAGAUCUACGUGCCGAGGAAUUAUCUGGAGUCACAUAUCAUCAUUUCGAGGUCACUGAUAGAAUGGAAGAACAUGAGCAUAUAUUGCAGAGAGGAAGAGGUUCCUCUGCUCAUCAAAGUAAUGAAAGGCAGUCAUUUCUUGGAUAUAGUUAAGGAACUCCCUGUCAAUGUCUUUUUCGUAUCAAGCUACCAAUUAGAUGCAGUGCUUGAGACACUUCAGAUAAUUUUUGAGAGGCGCCUCCAGAUAAACCAGUAUUCAUGUUACGCCUAUGAAACCCGACAAAACGGUCCUCUGAGGUGUCCAGCAGGCAUGAAGGUUCAGAGAAUGGGGAGAGCAGGCAUCCACAAAAUGCUGAAAAGUAACAAAUACUGGAAGGGCGCAUCUCUAGACCUUACUUGUAGCUUGGCGGAAAACUUGCCAAUGCUGGGAAUUUACUUAGACCCAGAUGUGGGGGAGGAGAAGGUCAUUCAUUUAAAUGACAUCAGUUUUGCAGAAGAAGAAGCAACACCAAUCGCACAGGUAGGCUCCACCCCUCACGGUACUGUGGGCUGGUUAUGGAUUGAUGCUAAGUACAGGCGGUGUGGGCUGGGAAGACUCCUCGUUGAGGUGAUGGGUCGACUCCAGAUGUCUGAGGGGUACUUUCCUCAUGGCGUUGUGAUCUACUAUAAUGACGCCUCUGCUCUGAUGUUCAAGAUGCUGCCAGGCUGGAGGAAAACCCACUAUGUCAACAGGAUAAUCCCUGCUCAGUGAGAGGUCCUUCUGUUAGUACAGAUCCAUUGCGAGGUUGGGUCCUGUAAUUCAGUCAUCAUUUUCACACAAGAAUCAUGACUUGUCUUGAUUUCAAUCUUACUAUUGUAAUUUGGGUUUUUGAUGACUUAUUUGAUUGUGCAAGGACUUAACAUAUUGAGAACACCAUAAGAACAGUAAUACUAAGUACACAGUUUUAUAUAAAUAUAAGAGGUGAAUUAAUACCUUUCAUCUUUAUUGUUUGUGUGUUUUCAUACAUCCUGGAAACCUCCUUUGAUCUUUUGAUAUCCAAAGACAA